UGGGGCUGCUGCGGCUGCGAUCGGAGCCUGCGGAGCGGGGCUGGCUGGGGCAGCCGGCGCUGGGGCGGCUGCGAUCAGAGCCUGCGGAGCCGGGUGCGGGCAGCGUCGUGUCCCGGAGCCCUCGGCGGUCGCUGCGCUGCGGUCCCGCUCAUCGCCAUGGAGAAGUACAAAGCUCUCGAGCAGCUGCUCACAGAACUUGAAGAUUUUCUGAGGAUACUGGACAAGGAGAACUUGAGCAGCACUGCUGUGGUGAAGAAGAGCUUCCUCUCUGACCUUCUGAAAGUCUACACCAAGUCCAGUGGUGGUGAUGAGGAGUAUAUUUAUAUGAACAAAGUGACAGUCCAUAAACAGCAGGGUGACCAAGAGAAACAAGACAAAGUGCUGGAUCAGAAGAACUCCCUGACCAAUGGAGACUCAGGGCUGCAUCUGUCACCUCCUCAGAAGAGCCUGCCAGACCUCCCCCCUCCAAAGAUUCUUGAAACAAAACAACCAGCAGUCCCCAAGAUUGAAUCCCCAGAGGGAUAUUACGAAGAGGCUGAGCCCUAUGACAUCUCUGUAAAUGGUCUUUUUGGUAGGCUUGCUGCGGCUGGACCCAGGCCAGGGUUGCAGGUUACUGAGGGCGUUAUUUAUGCCACAAUAACUAUGGAAGAUGGUGAAGCUGUUAGUAGUUCCUACGAAUCUUACGAUGAGGAAGAGAGCAGCAAAGGCAAGUCAGCAACCCAUCAGUGGCCAUCCCCUGAGGCCACCAUCGAGCUGAUGAAGGAUGCCCGCAUCUGUGCCUUCCUGUGGAGGAAGAAGUGGCUGGGACAGUGGGCAAAACAGCUGUGUGUUAUCAAGGACACCAGGCUGCUGUGCUACAAGAGCUCCAAGGACCACAACCCCCAGCUGGACGUGAAUUUGCUGGGCUGCACAGUCAUUCACAAGGAAAAGCAAGUGAGGAAGAAGGAGCACAAGCUGAAGAUCAUCCCCACGAAUGCUGAUGUCAUCGUACUGGGGCUGCAGAGCAAGGACCAGGCAGAGCAGUGGCUCAGGGUAAUCCAAGAGACCAGUGGUCUGCUCUGUGAAGGAGGCAGUGAAGGCAACCAGUACAUCCCAGACUCACAGCGUCUCAGCUACCCAAAGGUGGAGGUGUCUGAGAGAUACUCUGCAGCCUCCGAGAGCGGGAGCAGCACCGAUGGCCACGCGGAGACAGCUGAGGCAAAAGAUGUUAAGAAGAAGGGCACAACUGGCCUGAAACUGAGCAACCUGAUGAACCUUGGGAGGAAGAAGUCCAGCUCCCUGGAUAGCCCAGAGAGAUCCCUGGAGACUUCAAGUUACCUGAAUGUGCUGGUGAACAGCCAGUGGAAGUCACGGUGGUGUCAGAUAAAAGAUGGGCACCUCCAUUUCUACCAGGACAGGAACAGAAGCAAGCUGGCUCAGCAGCCCCUGAGUUUGGCAGGCUGUGAGAUCAUCCCAGAGCCGAGCCCUGACCAUCUCUACUCCUUCCGCAUCCUGCACAACGGGGAGGAACGGGUUGUUUUGGAGGCAAAGUCCUCAGAGGAGAUGGGCCACUGGCUGGGCCUCCUCUUGUCGGAGUCAGGCUCGAAAACAGACCCAGAGGAAUUCACCUACGAUUACGUGGAUGCUGACAGGGUUUCCUGCAUUGUGAGCGCUGCCAAGAAUUCCUUCUUGCUAAUGCAGAGGAAAUACUCUGAGCCCAAUGCCUACAUUGACAACCUGCCCAAGGGCAGGGUACAGCAGGACGAGCUCUACGACGACGUGGAUCUGCCAGACCUGCCUGUGGAAGAAGUACCCAAGAGUGAGAGCAAACUGGAGGGGGAUCAAGACAGAGUGUAUCUGGAUCUCACCCCAGUGAAGUCCUUACUGCACUGUGCUGGCAAGAUGUCAUGUCAGUCUUCCCCUCUCGGGUCACCAUCUCUGGAAAGGGCUGCCAAGGCUGCCCCAGAGAGCACAGCUGAGACAGCCCCCAUGGCUAAGGAAGCUGAGCCCUGUGCUAAGGCAGCAGAGACCUCGGAGCAGAAACACCCAGAGAAGCCAGAGCCCGAGGAGGCUGUGCCACGGGUGCCUGCUGUCAAAAUGCAGAGCCAGCAGCAGAGCAGUGUGGUCCCCGAGGUGCCAGUGGGGCCAGUUCCAGCAGGCAGUCCCCAGCUGGUGCCUGCACACCGGCCCAAGAUGCCACUGCCAGCAGGAGCAGUGGAAACCAAGCUGGGCAAGAACAGGACAGAGGCAGAGGUGAGACGGUUCACGGAGGAGAAGGAGAGGCUGGAGAAGGAGAAGGAUGAGAUCCGAGCUCAGCUCACCCAGCUGCGCAAGGAGAGGCGGGAGUUGAAGGAAAUGCUUGGUGGCAGCACAGACAAGAGCCUGGAGCAGAGGCUGAAGGAGAUAGAUGAAGAAUGCAAAAGGAAGGAAAGCCAGAGGGUGGACCUGGAGCUGAGCCUGGUGGAGGUGAAGGAGAACCUGAAGAAGGCAGAGUCUGGCCCGGUGACACUGGGCACGGCAGUGGACACCACACACCUGGAGAACACAGCCCCACGGGUUCAGGCCAAAAGUGCCAGUCCAGCAAACAGCACAGAGAACUCACCGGUCAACUCAGCCACGGCUUUAAAAAACCGGCCCUUAUCUGUUAUGGUCACGGGGAAGGGAACAGUCCUACAGAAAGCUAAGGAAUGGGAGAAAAAGGGAGCUAGUUAGAAGCACGUUGCUCAGAGAUGGACUAAAGACUCAAAUUGCCCACGCUUGGCCCAGGGGAUUCAACCAUCUGUCCGUGGAGGUUGGGUGUUCAGCACCACCACACACCAAGUGCCUCCUCCACGUGGCGCCCGCGGCUCCGAGGCAGCGCUGGAGUCACAGCUGCUGAUCAGAGUUAUCCCACAUGAACCUGCUCUCUCCAGACAAAUCCCAACCAUGUAGCUAAAACAAUAACAGCCAGUGGCAAUCCUUCCAUCAAAGUCCUAACCCAGCUGAUGUAAACAAGAAUGUUACUGUACAUAGGGGGCGUUUUGUGUAUUUCUACUCUGAAGGUUUAUCAAUGAGUUAUUAAGGUUUCUAUAUUAGUGACUGUAGUGGAUUCAGAAGGAACCUCUGCUGUUCCUCAGCCUGGUGAGUUUGUACCUGUCCUGAUAAAGUUGUCAACCUGUCUUGCUGCCAGUCAUCACUCAGCUGCAUUUCAUCCAGCCUUCAAUCAAGGGCUAUCCCCACGUGUAAGCAAUUCUUCAAAUAUAAAUGAGAAGCACACAGCAGCCUGUCCAGGGCAUUUUUUAAUCAGUGUCUUGAUGCAUGCCAGCAUCUCCUACCAGCUGCAGGUUUGCUAGAAUAUUGAGCUGCUCACCUUCUCAUGCUGUAAGCUGUGUUACAGACUGGCAGCACCAAGAGCUCUGAGCAAAGAAGAUCUGCCAGGCAGAUUCAGUUAGCUUUCUUGAAGAUCUUACUUCACCUGAGGAGGCUGUUCUGGAAAAAAUGAAAAAAAAA